CUUAGCUAUGAUUAAACCAAAACAUUGUGCAACAUUUAACACACGUUUGGUGUAAUUACAUGUGAGAACAUUAGGUCUUUGUUUUUUUAUAUUAAAAGAAACAUUUAACCGUCGUUAACUCGCACAGUUUCUUUUGUCUGUUUUUUUUUUAGGUCCCCAAAUCACCUCGCUUAUAUUUCGUGCGGUUCAAAUAAUUGUUUCAGUCCGUGUUCGUGUGGAGAGUGAUAGUAUGGAUUCGGAGUACAUAAAGCAACAUCUGGGGCAGUGCCUGUCGGAGGGACUGGCUGAAGUGGCCGAGCAGCGACCCGUUAACCCCAUCCUGCAUCUGGCUCACUGGCUCUACAAAUACACAUCAAAUGUCGAAUAUGAGAAAGAGAAAAAAGAGAGGUUUGCUCUUCUGGAGCAGCAGCUGGCAGAAGCAAAAAGAGAGAAAGUGCAUGAGGAGGAGCUGAAAGAGGAGGGGCCGAAAGAGGUAGAGCCAAAAGAGGAGCAGAAAACCAGUAAAGCCCUGAAAGAACCUCAAAAUAUGACUGAGAAAACCAUAGAGACUGAUUCACCCACUGGAACCACUACAGAGCCUGCUGAGGAGAAACCAAGCUCUCCUGAUCCAGAAAGCCUGACAAAAAAUUCUGAUGUCCAGGAAAAGGACAGUGAACUGAAGGUUGAUGAAGAAGAGAAAAAUAAAGCUGAAGACUCUGUCCUAGUGGAGACAACCUCUACUCUGCAGAGCGAGGAGCUCACAAACAAGAAGAUAUUCCCAAUUGAAGAACAAGAAGAACCCAUGACAGACACCAAACAGGAGACACAAGAACUCAGUUCUCUUCCUCUUCAGAACCAGGAAAAGGAGGAUAAUGCUGAUGAAGAAAACAGUGGUAAACCUGAAGAACCCACCCAACACUGGGCAGCCUCGGCUCCACAGAGCGAAGAACUUGCACAAGAGGAGACAUUUCCUAAUCAAGAAGAAGACAUUGGUGAAAUCGCAAAGGAGACACAAAAACCCAGUUCCCCCACUCUUCAAGACCAAAAAAAGGAGACAGAGGGACGGCAUAUGGGUGGGACCUCUGAUAGCUCGGCUCCGGCUGAACGUGACCCCUCAUCAGAAUGAACGCUCUCAGUCAGCCAAGGGAGACUGAAAAAUCUCUCAAAGAAUGAUAAUAGAGGAUGUAUCCUAGAAGCUGGCUCUUAAACUGUUAAAAUCCCUCAAAACUAGUAAAUUCACAGGAAAAAAAACAUGUUACGCAGUAAAAAAAAAAGUUUUCACCCAAGGUGCUUCUAUUCAAUCUGUUUGUUUUUUUUUUGUCUGUUAUUGAAAAAAAUCUUUAUGUUACUUACAGGGGGAUUGAAAAGUAGAUCAAGUCAGUCAAGUUCUUUAUAUAUCUGCUCCAUCUUUUAGAUGAAUUUGAACAAUAAUAAAGUCUCACUGUGUA